AAGCCGAGGGAAGGACAUUUUCUAAAAUUGCAUCGAUGUUUUUUUAAGAAUGUUGCGUCUGGUAAUACACAGUUUAAACUGAAUACAAUCGUGACUUUUUUUUAAAGCUGCUUAAAAGGAAUCCUUAACGAUGUAUGAACAAAGGCGCCGAUGGGAGUACUGGUGGAUUUCUCUGUGUUUCUCCUUUCUUCUCGGCUUUGGACAACAUGUUUCAGUUCAGAUAAGAUACACAAUACCAGAAGAGGUGAAAGAGGGAUCUGUUGUGGGAAAUAUUGCUAAGGACCUGGGACUUGACGUGAGUACUUUGGUGGACAGACGGUUCCGUAUUGUCUCUGGUUCUAAAGACGCGUUUUUCCAAAUAAAUCAGAACAAUGGCGAAUUGUAUAUUCACAAAAGCGUAGACAGGGAGGCGCUAUGUGACGGAAAUGGUGCAUGCGUAGUAAAUCUAAAAACUGCAGUCGAAAAUCCUUUAGAAAUUCAUUAUGUUGCAGUAGAAAUAACAGACAUAAACGACAACCAUCCUAGUUUUUCUGAGCAGAAUCAGUAUUUCGAGAUUGCAGAACACACCCCUACAGGAACGAGCUUCCAGCUGCACGCAGCACGAGACCAGGAUGCCGCACCGUAUUCUGUUCGUUUGUAUAAAUUAAGUCAGGAUGAAAAUUUCGAGAUUGAAAUUAGAGACAGCGAUGAGGACAAAAUCCCCUUUUUAGUGUUGAGAAAACCACUCGAUCGCGAAAAUAAGCCAGAACAUGUGCUGAUUUUGAAAGCCCUCGAUGGUGGAAACCCUGCAAAAUCAGGUACCCUUAACAUCACCGUUACCGUAUUGGAUAUUAAUGAUAAUCGCCCAGUGUUUAGUCAAGACUUAUACUCUGUCAGCUUACAAGAAAAUUCCCCAUUUGGAACAACUGUAAUUAAAAUAAAUGCAACUGACAGGGACGAGGGCUCAAACAGUGAAAUUGAGUAUUCACUUGGCAAAACUUUAAAGCGCAAAGUUUAUGACGUAUUUCAAUUGGACCCCAUUACAGGCGAAAUAAAAGUUAAAGGCAAUGUAGACUUUGAAGACACGGACGUUUAUAAACUAGAUGUUCAGGCUUCAGAUAAAGGUCAGCCUCCUUUGUCUGCCCAAGGACGAGUUAUUAUAAAGAUACAAGAUAUAAACGAUAAUAAGCCUGAAAUUGAACUGACAUCGUUAUCUAAUAUUGUUGCCGAGGACUCCAAACCUGGCACAGUAAUUGCUUUGAUAAGUGUCUCAGAUAAAGACUCAGGUGUCAAUGGUAAAGUUGUGUGUAGUCUCUCAGAUAAUGUUCCUUUUGAGCUGAAACGCUCUUUCCAAGAUAAUAUGUACUCGCUAGUGACAAAGGGGCGUUUGGAUCGUGAACUUGAGCCGCACUAUGACAUCACAGUUACAGCAACAGAUCUAGGUCAACCUCCUUUAUCAUCCAUUAAAACAUUAAGCAUCCAAGUAGCAGAUGUGAAUGACAACAAACCUGAGUUUUCGAGUAAUUUCCUUGAACUUUACAUAUUUGAAAAUAAUGCUCCUGGAGCCUCAAUAUUCUCAGUGAGCGCAUCUGAUAAAGAUGUGAAUGAAAAUGCUUUGAUUUCGUAUCAUAUAAAUAGAGGUGGAGGGACACAGAACGACAUAACGUCAUUCUUAAGUAUAAAUUCGGAAACAGGGGUUAUUCACUCGCUUAAAAGUUUUGAUUUCGAAAGAAUUAAAACGUUUCAGUUUUACGUUCUCGCUAGAGACUCUGGAAGUCCGUCUCUGAGCAGUAACGUGACAGUGAACGUGUUUAUUCUGGAUCAGAACGACAACGUUCCUGUGAUCUUAUAUCCAGUCAGCGCUAACGGUUCUGCUGAGGGUGUGGAAGAGAUUCCCCGGAAUGUGAACGCUGGUCAUUUGGUGACUAAAGUCAGAGCCUAUGACGCAGAUAUAGGAUACAACGGCUGGUUAUUGUUUUCACUGCAGGAAGUGAGUGAGCACAGUCUCUUUAGUUUGGACCGCUAUACAGGACAGAUAAGAACCCUUCGCUCAUUCACAGAAACAGACGAGGCCCAGCAUAAACUACUCAUACUGGUCAAAGACAAUGGGAACGUUUCACUCUCAGCAACAGCGACUGUGAUUGUCAAAGUUGUGGAGCCCAAAGAGGCUUUUGCAGCUUCUGAUGUUAAAAACGCAGUAAAAGACGAGGAGGAAAACGACGUGACAUUUUAUCUGAUCAUCACUUUGGGCUCGGUUUCAGUGCUUUUUGUCAUCAGCAUCAUCGUGUUGAUUGUGAUGCAGUGCUCGAAAUCUACAGACUAUUCGUCCAAGUAUUUACAGGACACAAAUUACGACGGGACUCUGUGUCACAGCAUCCAGUACAGAUCUGGAGACAAACGGUACAUGUUAGUUGGACCCAGAAUGAGUAUCGGCUCUACAAUAGCGCCAGGCAGUAAUAGGAAUACUCUAGUGAUACCAGAUCGCAGGAGGAGAGAUUCUGGAGAGGUAAGCGAAUGA